CCCCAGCCCCAACAGCCGGCAGCCAGCAGCGUCCUCUCGAGCCGAGCGCCCGGGCGCGCCGGGCGCCCGCAGCGGCUGCAGCAGCGUGCCUGGCCGCCCGGGAAGCCUCGGUUCCCGCGGCGGCGGCGGCGGCGGCAACAUGGCCUCGGCUGGUAACGCCGCCGAGCCUCAGGAUCGCGGCGGCGGCGGCAGCUGCAGCGGGGCCCCGGGCCGGCCGGCCGGCGGCGGGAGGCGCAGACGGACCGGGGGGCUGCGCCGCAACGCCGCGCUGGACCGGGACUAUCUGCACCGGCCCAGCUACUGCGACGCCGCCUUCGCUCUGGAGCAGAUUUCCAAGGGGAAAGCUACUGGCCGGAAAGCGCCGCUGUGGCUGAGAGCGAAGUUUCAGAGACUCUUAUUUAAACUGGGUUGUUACAUUCAAAAAAACUGCGGCAAGUUCUUGGUUGUGGGCCUCCUCAUAUUUGGGGCCUUCGCUGUGGGAUUAAAGGCAGCUAAUCUCGAGACCAACGUGGAGGAGCUGUGGGUGGAAGUUGGUGGACGAGUAAGUCGUGAGUUAAAUUAUACUCGCCAGAAGAUUGGAGAAGAGGCUAUGUUUAAUCCUCAGCUCAUGAUCCAGACCCCGAAAGAAGAAGGUGCUAACGUCCUGACGGCAGAAGCGCUCCGACAGCACCUGGACUCGGCGCUCCAGGCCAGCCGUGUCCACGUGUACAUGUACAACAGGCAGUGGAAAUUGGAACAUUUAUGUUAUAAAUCCGGAGAACUUAUCACAGAAACAGGUUACAUGGAUCAGAUAAUAGAGUAUCUUUACCCUUGUUUAAUUAUUACACCUUUGGACUGCUUCUGGGAAGGGGCGAAGCUACAAUCUGGGACAGCAUACCUACUAGGUAAGCCUCCUUUACAGUGGACAAACUUUGACCCUUUGGAAUUCCUAGAAGAGUUAAAGAAAAUAAACUAUCAGGUGGACAGCUGGGAGGAAAUGCUGAAUAAGGCUGAAGUUGGUCACGGUUACAUGGACCGGCCCUGCCUCAAUCCAGCGGAUCCAGACUGCCCCGCCACAGCCCCGAACAAAAACGCCACCAAACCUCUUGAUAUGGCCCUUGUUUUGAAUGGUGGAUGUCAUGGCUUAUCCAGGAAGUAUAUGCACUGGCAGGAAGAGCUGAUUGUGGGUGGCACACUCAAGAACAGCACUGGGAAGCUCGUCAGCGCCCACGCCCUGCAGACCAUGUUUCAGCUAAUGACCCCCAAGCAAAUGUAUGAACACUUCAAGGGGUACGAGUAUGUCUCGCAUAUCAACUGGAAUGAGGACAAGGCUGCAGCCAUCCUGGAGGCGUGGCAGAGGACCUACGUGGAGGUGGUUCAUCAGAGCGUUGCUCGGAACUCCACUCAGAAGGUGCUUUCCUUUACCACCACCACCCUGGACGACAUCCUCAAGUCCUUCUCUGAUGUCAGCGUCAUCCGGGUGGCCAGUGGCUACUUACUGAUGCUUGCCUAUGCCUGUUUAACCAUGCUGCGCUGGGACUGCUCCAAGUCCCAGGGUGCCGUGGGGCUGGCUGGCGUCCUGUUGGUUGCACUGUCAGUGGCUGCAGGAUUGGGCCUGUGCUCAUUGAUCGGGAUUUCCUUUAACGCUGCAACAACUCAGGUUUUGCCAUUUCUUGCUCUUGGUGUUGGUGUGGAUGAUGUUUUCCUUCUGGCACAUGCAUUUAGUGAAACAGGACAGAAUAAAAGAAUCCCUUUUGAGGACAGGACCGGGGAGUGCCUCAAGCGCACGGGGGCCAGCGUGGCCCUCACCUCCAUCAGCAAUGUCACAGCUUUCUUUAUGGCCGCCUUGAUCCCGAUUCCCGCUCUGCGGGCAUUCUCCCUGCAGGCGGCUGUAGUAGUGGUGUUCAAUUUUGCUAUGGUUCUGCUCAUUUUCCCUGCAAUUCUCAGCAUGGAUUUGUAUCGACGUGAGGACAGGAGAUUGGAUAUUUUCUGCUGUUUUACAAGCCCCUGUGUCAGCAGAGUGAUUCAGGUGGAACCUCAGGCCUACACGGAGACGCAGGAUAACACUCGCUACAGCCCCCCGCCCCCCUACAGCAGCCACAGCUUUGCCCACGAAACACAGAUCACCAUGCAGUCCACCGUGCAGCUGCGCACCGAGUACGACCCUCACACACACGUGUACUACACCACUGCCGAACCUCGCUCUGAGAUCUCUGUGCAGCCUGUCACCAUGACCCAGGACACCCUCAGCUGCCAGAGCCCCGAGAGCACCAGCUCCACGAGGGACCUGCUCUCCCAGUUCUCUGACUCCAGCCUCCACUGCCUCGAGCCUCCCUGCACCAAGUGGACGCUCUCGUCAUUCGCUGAGAAACACUAUGCUCCUUUCCUCUUGAAACCAAAAGCCAAGGUCGUGGUGAUCUUCCUUUUCUUGGGCUUACUGGGGGUCAGCCUUUAUGGGACCACCCGAGUGCGUGACGGGCUGGACCUUACAGACAUUGUGCCUCGGGAAACCAGAGAAUAUGACUUUAUUGCUGCCCAGUUCAAAUACUUCUCUUUCUACAACAUGUAUAUAGUCACCCAGAAAGCAGACUACCCGAAUAUCCAGCACUUACUUUACGACCUUCACAAGAGUUUCAGUAACGUGAAGUAUGUCAUGUUGGAAGAAAAUAAACAGCUUCCCAAAAUGUGGCUGCACUACUUCAGAGACUGGCUCCAAGGACUUCAGGAUGCAUUUGACAGUGACUGGGAAACUGGGAAAAUCAUGCCAAACAAUUACAAAAAUGGAUCAGAUGAUGGGGUCCUUGCCUACAAACUCCUGGUGCAAACUGGCAGCCGCGAUAAGCCCAUCGACAUCAGUCAGUUGACUAAACGGCGCCUGGUGGAUGCAGACGGCAUCAUUAAUCCCAGCGCUUUCUACAUCUACCUGACCGCUUGGGUGAGCAAUGACCCCGUGGCUUAUGCUGCCUCCCAGGCCAACAUCCGGCCUCACCGUCCUGAGUGGGUCCACGACAAAGCCGACUACAUGCCAGAGACCAGGCUGAGAAUCCCUGCAGCAGAGCCCAUCGAAUACGCUCAGUUCCCUUUCUACCUCAACGGCUUGCGUGACACCUCAGACUUCGUGGAGGCAAUCGAAAAGGUCAGAGCCAUCUGCAACAACUACACGAGCCUGGGGCUCUCCAGCUACCCCAACGGCUACCCCUUCCUCUUCUGGGAGCAGUACAUCGGCCUCCGCCACUGGCUCCUGCUGUCCAUCAGCGUGGUGCUGGCCUGCACGUUCCUCGUGUGUGCCGUCUUCCUCCUGAACCCCUGGACGGCCGGGAUCAUUGUGACGGUCCUGGCCCUGAUGACGGUCGAGCUCUUCGGCAUGAUGGGCCUGAUUGGAAUCAAGCUCAGUGCUGUGCCUGUGGUCAUCCUGAUCGCGUCCGUCGGCAUAGGAGUGGAGUUCACCGUCCAUGUUGCUCUGGCCUUUCUGACAGCCAUCGGCGAUAAGAACCGCAGGGCUGUGCUUGCCCUGGAGCACAUGUUUGCGCCCGUUCUGGACGGUGCUGUUUCCACUCUGCUGGGAGUGCUAAUGCUUGCAGGAUCCGAGUUUGAUUUCAUUGUCAGGUAUUUCUUUGCUGUCCUGGCCAUCCUGACAGUCCUGGGUGUUCUCAAUGGACUGGUUUUGCUUCCCGUCCUUUUGUCCUUCUUUGGGCCGUACCCUGAGGUGUCUCCAGCCAAUGGGCUAAACCGGCUGCCCACCCCCUCCCUUGAGCCGCCCCCCAGCGUGGUCCGGUUUGCCGUGCCCCCCACUCACACACACAAUGGGUCUGAUUCGUCUGACUCCGAGUACAGCUCUCAGACGACAGUGUCGGGCAUCAGCGAGGAGCUGCGGCACUACGAGGCCCAGCAGGCCACCAGGGGCCCUGCCCAUCAAGUGAUUGUGGAAGCCACAGAAAACCCUGUCUUCGCCCGCUCCACCGUGGUCCAUCCUGAAGCGAGACACCACCCACCCUCAAACCCUCAACAGCAGCCCCACCCAGACUCAGGGUCCCUGCCACCUGGACGGCCAGGCCUGCAGCCCCGGAGGGAGCCCCUCAGAGAAGGCUUGUGGCCACCCCCCUACAGACCGCGCAGAGACGCUUUCGAAAUUUCUACUGAAGGGCAUUCUGGCCCUGGCAAUAGGGACCGUGUGGGCCCCCGGGGAGCUCGUUCCCACAACCCUCGGCACCCAGCCUUCACUGCCACCGGCAGCUCCAUGCCCAGCUACUGUCAGCCCAUCACCACCGUGACGGCCUCUGCGUCCGUGACUGUCGCUGUGCACGCUCCGCCUGCCUCUGGGCCUGGGCCCAGUCGGAACCCCCGAGGGGGCCUCUACCCAGGCUCUGAGGACUAUCCUGAGACUGACCACGGGCUCUUUGAGGACCCCCAUGUGCCUUUCAACGUCCGGUGCGAGAGGAGGGAUUCCAAGGUGGAGGUCAUCGAGCUGCAGGACGUGGAGUGUGAGGAGAGGCCCCGGGGCCGCAGCUCCGACUGAGGGUGAUUAAAAUCUGAAGCAAAGAGGCCAAAGAUUGGAAGUCCGCACCCCCCCCCCCCCCCCCCCCCGCCCCACCAGAACUGCUUGAAGAGAACGGCUUGGAGUUAGAAAGACGCACUGUGCCCAUGGCAGUUCACUGUUACUGUAACCGAUUGUAUGAUUUUGUGAAAUAUUUCUAUAAAUAUUUAAAAGGUGUACACAUAUGUAAUAUACGAAGGAAUGGAUGUAAAGUAGUGUGGUCUGGGGUUUCUCCACUCCUGCCCCAGCGUGGGCAGUGGGGAGGCCACAGCGAGGCCCCUCCCUGUUUGUACAUUGGUCUCUGUGCCACAACCAAGCUUAACUUAGUCUUAAAUUUCAGCAUAUGUUGCUGCUGCUUAAAUAUUGUAUAAUUUACCUGUAUAAUUCUAUGCAAAUAUUGCUUAUGUAAUAGGAUUAUUUUGUAAAGGAUUCUGUUUAAAAUAUUUUAAAUUUGCAUAUCACAACCCUGUGGUAGUAUGAAAUGUUACUGUUAACUUUCAAACACGCUAUGCGUGAUAAUUUUGUUGUUGAUGAGCAGAUAUGAAGAAAGCACGGUAACCCGAUGGCUUCUCCAGGUGUAGUGGGAUGCGGUCCUCCUGUUUGGCUGUGUGAACACGUGUGAUUUCCCAGUGUACUGUACUGUGAUUUUUUUUCUUCUUUCGUUUCUUUUCACUGUCUGUAACCCUUCGUGGGCUCUGCCCUAGUCAGGCUGGAAGUCAGGAUAUCUUGAUUGCCUAGUGCUGGCAGAAGGCAGGCCUAAACAUUCCCUUGUCCUUUGCCAGACCCACUUCAAGUUCAGAGCGGCUCUCAAGAUCGUUGGCUGCCAUCCAGACACCCCAAUUCCUGCCUCAGAGAGAUAAGUUCCUUUGCAUGGUCAUUGUGGUGGACGUGGGCCCCUCAGGCGGUGGGGCUGACAUCUGUUCAUCUUCUUUGGUAUGGAAGAGGUAGAGGACAUGCCUGGCGGUGAGCCUCAGCCGGGCCGGGAGUGGGCGCCCUAAAGGACGCAGGCUUCAGCAUACCUCUCGUGACCAGCACUCACACACACGCACGCACCUCCCAGCGUUCACUCCAACAAAAAAUUGCAGAGUGAAUUGGAAAUCUGGAGACAGUGAGCCUGGUACAGAUAGAAAACCCUAUUAGUUCCGGGCCCACAGUAAACCCAGGGGUGAUGUUGAGUCCCUGCAAUAUGGAAACUCCCUCUCUUCCUAAAUGGCACAGUUGGUUGAGGCUUUGUGGAUCUGUUUGCAUCUUCUUUAAAACAAUAGUGAGCAUCCCAAAUGUGAUAUAGAGCCGGAAGUUAUGUAGGAUACAAGCUUCAGAAGGAUGCUUCUCAGUGUUUUAAUAUUAACGUUAUGGGGGCACACUUCCCAAAUACACUGUCUGCGUCCUCAUCAUUAUUAGUGUUCUUUCCAUGUGACAGUUACUGAAGAUCAGGAAGAUGCUAAUCGCGCACUCCGCUGAAGAAGGCACAUGGAGGCAGAUCUCUCAACCAGGCGUUAUUUUUAAAGAUUUCCUUCUUUAUCGAUUCUGUUGUCUUGCUCUGAGGUUUGGUCUUCCUCAGCUUUUAGCCAGAGAUGAGCAAACAUCGGGGACGCACUUGGUACCCAGACUAAACUACUGUAGGAGUGCUCAAAUGGCAGCUCCCAUUAUGGCCUCCUGUUUUACAUGGAAAAUCUUAAUCGAAGGCAGUGGGGCCCCCGGUAGUACCCAGCAGUGUAGUGACCUCAGACCCUAAAACUCGCCACAAAACUGUAAGAUACUAAUUGGAAGCCACCUGUGGCCACCAGCUGUGUGUGUUAAUAUGCCUGCUACUGUCUGGUGCCUGUGUCCGCCACACUGUCUAGCUCACGCCCAGCUCUGCUCAGAACACUCACGUCCCGCGUUCAGGAGAUGAUGUGAACUUCUGAGGUCUGCUUCCCUCUGGCUCACGGCGCGCCCUUGCUUGUUGCCGGAGCCCAGCCUGUGUGGUGCAGGACAGCUUGCACGGCCCCUGUUUUCUGCACAGUGUAGAACUUUCUCAAUAGUCACAUUGGCAAAGGGAGAACCCCAGGGGCUGGGAGGCAACUAGAAUAUCUCUCUCUUUCUUUUUUAAAUAGUUUUAUUUUGUCUGUCUUAUUUGUUUAUUUGGAUGUUUUAAUUUUUUAAAAAAAUCUUCGCUGAUAUUUAUAAUUUUGUAUCAUAAGAAUGUUUUCCUACAGUAUUUGUCAUGCCAGUUUAUAACAAAAAAAUGCAGGGAUUUUAUUUCUAUUGGAAACACUAUUACAGCUAUGUUUUACUUUUGAACAGAAGUUUUAUUUGUAUAGAGUGCUUACUAAUGUUAAAUAGUUCAGAGUAUAUAACGUUUUCAUUAAGGACUCGUGGUAGGUUUUAGUGUAAGUUUAAAGGAAAUAAAUAUUCAAACUGGGUCUCAUUGUCUGCCAAUUUUGGCAGGAAUGGGUUUGUGUCAUUUCAAUUACAAAGAUAAAAGUAUGCCAUAUAAUUUAUUUAUAUGAAAAUUUAUUUUUGUAGUGUACAUAGUAGUCAUCAAGUCUUUUGACAGAAGUAUAUUUUUAAAGAAUUUAUAUGUGGUGAAUCCAUAAUGUCUGGAACUUCGCUGAGACAUGAGUGGGGCACACUUUUCAUUGUAAAGUACAACAAGGAAAGAAAAUGUCUAACAGUGUUAAGAGAGUGAGGUUGAGUGAAUAUUCCUGCAAUUGUGAAAUGUGUAUUAGUUACCAUUUGUGACCUAGUGUGGUUCUCAUUUUAAACUUCAGAAGGCAAAAAUGUACAAACUCUCUAAAUAUUAAUGUUCAAACACUGAUAGAAAUUCUAACAUAAAUAAAAAAUAAUAUAACUUGUUGGUUA